UAAAUAGGGUCUAGACUAGAUCUACAGAGGAGGAUUAAUUUGGAAGUUGGAGCCGGGCUGCCGGAGUAGAUUUUAAAUUCAAGCACCUGAUGUCAAAAUGAAGGCUAAAAUAGUGAUGAUUGGGCCAACAGAGUCUGGGAAAACUGUGAUCUCCAACUUUCUGGCUGAUGCAACUGAUGUUUCUGGUGGUGAAUAUCACCCUACACAAGGAGUUAGAAUUCUUGAGUUUGAAAGUGGAUCACUGAACCUGGCGAAUCGAUCAAUGAUAGCUGAAGUAGAGCUGUGGGAUUGCAGUGGAGAUCAAAAGUUUGAUGAAUGUUGGCCUGCUUUCAUGAAAGAUGUGUCGGGGGUCAUCAUAGUUUACAAUCCAGACCAAGCAAGUCAUGAGAGGGAACUAGAUACAUGGUACAACCAUUUCAUAACUCAACAAGGAUUGAAAGAUUCACAAUGCAUCAUCUUUGGACAUCAUAGGCCAAAUACAUCACAAGCUGUUAGGGUACAAAUACCAUCGCAGAUGACAAGGGUCAAUCAUGUGCAGACAAAUCUGGAAGAGGAAUCAGACCAAGUGAGGGCAGACUUCAACUUGUUUCUAAGUAAGGUUCUUGGUGCAAUCAGCAAGAGGCAAGACCAGGAGGAACUCAGCAUCAUUCAGUGAAAAUGUUCUUCAUAUAAAUAUUACAAAAAAGAUAAUCACCUUGAGCUAGAGUAUAGAUUAUAGAGUACCUAUCACUAUCAUAUCAUUUGCUUAGCCAUCAGCAGAGCUGAAAGAGAAAGUUGAGUUCUGGACCCAUAACACAAAGAGAAGUUAGGGGUUGAUUGACGGCUUGCUAUCUUGUAAUUGAUCAUGCUGUGCAAUCAAUUACAAGAUAGCAAGAAGGCUGAAAGAGAAAGUUGAGUUCUGGACCUGUAACACAAAGAGAAGUUAGCUAUUGAUUGACGUCUUGCUAUCUUGUAUGUGAUCAUGCUGUGCAAUCAAUAGCAAGAGAUACAUGUAUCGAUCAUACAAUUGAUUAAGUGAUUGUACAAUCAACUGCUGAGCUUUAGUCUCCAGACCCUGGUAUUAGUGAGUCAAUUUGUUAUCAUUUUGUUAAUGAUAAUGAUUUGUCAUUUUCUGGAUUCCUGAACAGCCCAAGUAAGAGUGUUUAAUAUUUUUUAGAGUACUGCCUAUCCUUAUGAAAGUCAGACAUGACAGUAAGUUACAGUUUAUAAUCCUGGAUUCUAACUUUUAUAAUUGUUAGCGCUUUUUUUUUGGUGGGGGGGGGGGGGGGCACUACACAUGAUAAAAUAACAACUUUUUACAUUUUUCUCCAUUAUUCUGAUAUGCUUUGAAACAAAAUUUAAAUUUCACUGCAUAGAAGAAUAUCAUCUGUUGAGAGCCAGUAGGGUUUUAACUCUGUAUUACAUCAUGUUAUAUACCUAUCUUUAGUAUGUUGAAUAAAUCUAGUCAUAUGUUUGGUCGAAAUUAGGGGUAGUGAUUCUGGCCACGCCUGCAAAGAUUGACCGUUGUCUGGAUAAUGGUCAAUAGUUCAUGAGAAAGAUGACUGUUGCCUUGGUAACGGGCCGCAUGGUUAAAUUUUGCUGAGAUCCUCAUUGGUUUACGUGUAAAAAGUUUCUUUGUGCAACGUGCGAGCGCGGAUAUCAUAAAGUGUGUGCGAUUCCCGAAUGAUCGUAAUAUUCAGGCAACUUUUAAACUAAGAUUAACAGACAGUGUCUCAGAUUUUAUGUGAUGUUUUAACCAAUCUUUACUCAAGAAAAGGAUAAGGCAAGAAUUCUUUGGAUAUUUUUUUGUGAAUUUGGUAUAUAAAAGAUAUAUGGACUACUUUAAAGGUAAUUCAAAGUUUUGGGAAAUUUUGAAAAUUGGAUAUAUAGUGAUUCUUUAAAAUGUUGAUAUAUUUGGGUGCCCCUGUGGGUGUAUUAUAAGCACUAGAAAAUUUAGCCCCUAAACACUUCUGCUUUCGAGAAAUUGAAUGAUCAAAAAUUUACUGGUGCUCCAGGUAAAUUUCAUAUAUUGUAAAUAGCGCCUAAGGCCAUUCCAUGGUAGCUGCGACCAUGAAAAUCUCAGAAUAUGCAGUUCUGAUAUAAUUUCCAAAUGGGAUAGCAAAUCGCUUGAUUGUAGUAAAGAAACAUUGUUUUAAAGCUAAAGUAAGAUCAGUCUUGAGAAGGAGCUAUACAACAUUAAGAGUUUAUUAUUUACAAUUUCAUCACUUUAGACUCGAUUUUAACUGUGACAACAAUUAUUGAUUAUUGUAAAAUCGCAUAUGCUUCCAAUAUGUUCAUUUGAACCAAAUUCAUUACCCCCAUACCAAAACUUUGUAUUACCUUUAAUAUUCGAGGCAGAGCUGUUUCUGUACUGACUCUCGGGGAAGUUACAUCCUGCUAUGGCUCCUCGGACUUCGGGUCAUAGCAGGAUCCCAAGAGCCUAUAGAAAUAGCUAUGCCUCUAAUAGCAGUCAAUAUAUCUAUAAUAUAAUGCCCUUCUUGCUCUAAAUAGAUGACAUUAUCUUCAGAGUAUCAGAAGGGCAUAACAUUUAUCUUUUAAUGUAGAUGACCCUACUCGGUCUCUUUUAAUAGAUGAUAUAUAUAUAUAUAUAUAUAUAUAUAUAAAAAGACUCUGUUUCAUGUAGGGAAUAGACAAUACUGUGUUCACAUGAUGUAUAUAAUUAGAGAAUGUACAUGUACAUGAAUUACUUCUGUAAAUAAUGCAUUUUUUAUGCCUCCCCUACAAAAAAGCUGGUGGCAUUAUGUUUUUUCGGGUUGUCGGUCUGUACGUCCGUAUGUCUUGUUUUCAUGAUCGCAUUAUCUCAAGAACUGAUCGAUGGAUUCCCCCCAAACUUGGGUCAUAUAUGUAUUUUGCAGAGCCAAUAAACUGUUUACAUUUGGAGGUCAUGAGGUCAAAGGUCACAGGGCUCAUUAUGUAUGUAAAAAUAGCUUGUGAUACGUUAUCUCAAGAACCAAUUGAUGGAUUACCACCAAACUUGAACUGAUUAGAUUUUACUGUCAUGAAAUCAAAGAUGAAAGGGUUAUACAUGUAUAUGAAAAAUAGUUGGUAGUCACGAUAUUCUGAGAACCUGUUAAUGGAUUACAAUCAAACAUGAAUUUUAAAAAUUGCUUCUGCUUUGGUUUGUUACCGUAAAUCACUUUGGCGGAGACAUCCCUUUCGGCUGCGCGCAGUUGAAGAUCCAUCUAGUUUGUUCUUUGAGUGUGUAUAGAUAGAAUAAACAAUGAUCUUUUCUGCAUAUUAAUAUUCAUAAAGGUUACUUUAUUCUAUUAAUGGAUGGUUGAUUGAUAGACUGAUUGAUUGAUUGAUUGAAUGAUUGAUUGAUUGAUUUGCUAUUUCAUUCAUUUAUUUAUUUGAGAUAAUGUUUAAUUUGUACACGGUAGCACGUUUUCACAAACAGUAUCAUCCCAGUAAUUACAAUAAAAUAUAGAUUUCGUCCCAUCAGUCUCAUCAAAAAUUAAAAAUAAUUUUUCCAUUUGAUACAUUGUUUUCCUGUAACGAGCCUUUUUAUCCACAUUGUUCUCUGUUUAUGGAUAACAAUCAAACAUGAAUUUUAGCAGUCAGAAAUUCAAUUUUUUUGGCCACCCUGCGGAUAGUCUAGAAUGAUGCUCUUUUUAAUUUUGCCUUUGCUUCUACACCAAAAAAUAAAAACAUAUUUCUUCAAUAUAUAUAUAUACCCAUUCUGGAACUGGCAUCAAUGAUGAUAAAUAUAUCAAUUUGGAAUAGCCACAUACUUUCAUUAAUUGAACUUUCCCCAUUAAUGUUAAAUCACGCUGCAGGCCUUCAAUUUCAAUAUUUUUAGGGCAAGGCCACUUUUCUGUAGGGCACAUUCCUAUAAUUACAGCACAAAUAGGAAGAAUUGGAAAGGGCACAACAAAUCUCCAAGGCCAAUGAGAGGGGCAUUGAGGCCACUCAAAGGGGCAUCCACGGCCAUGGCCUUGAUGGCCUUGGAUUAAUUUAAGCCCUGAUGCUGCUUCCACCACAUAAAAAUGUUUUUUUGUUUUUGUGCUCAAUAUUUCUUUGUAAUUCAUUUUUUCUUUGAUAUCUUUGUGUAUUAAAAAACAUAUUCCUAAUAUUUCAACAAUGUUGGCUCACUUCCCAAACAGAAACGUAUGAGUGGAUAAUUGUGAACCUAAGGGUAAAAUAAAUGUCUUGUCUCUGUUAACCUUUAUCCUGAUAUUUUAUAAAAACAGUCAAAAAUAGAUUUCAAAUCUUUAAUGAAAAGUGUUAUAUCGUCUGCGUACAGAACUUGCUUUAUUACUGUAUUUCCAAAACUGAUUCCUUUUAUCUAAUGAUUAUUUCUUAACAUAAUGAGCUAAAAUUUCAAUACACAAAACAAACAAAUAUUGAGAGAGGGGAUCUCCCUGCCUCACUCCUCUUUCAACCUUAAUAUAACCUGUUGAUGUGUAUCCAUUUAUAACACAACUUUCUGCAUUAGUAUAUAAGUUAAUACCCUAUAUAAAAAUAAAUGUGAAACAGAAUCAAAUGCUUUUUCAAAA